GGGGGGGGAAGGAGAGGAGGCGAUGACACUUUACCACGUUAGCGAGCGCGGCGGACACCACGGUACGUUGCUGGCGACCUGUGGCUGGAAGCCGCCUUCAGAUGACAAAGAGUAGAAGAUGGUCCUGAGGAUUCAAGAUGAUGAACUCUCUCUGAUCCCAGACGUUGAUUAAGCUGAAUACAUUGUGAUUUUCAAUAAUUGAGACAGUGAUGCUAAAAGCUGUCUACUUUAAUGAAAAGAGUAAUGUAGUCAGCUUAACUGAAUCAUCUGUAAAUUGUGACUAGUACCAUAACAUUUAAAUAAUUCAGUUGGACUGAUAUAUGUUUAAUUCCUCCUUAAUAGAGGAUUAAGUAAGAAAUUAUUUAUAGAAUUAAUUUUUAAAAGAUGGAGAUGUUUGAAAGCCUACCUCCUGUGGCCAAAGAGCCUUCAGUACCGCUGAAAGCUGAGCACCAACCGUGUCCCCCACCUCUUCCUCCAAGUGUGCCGCCGCCUCCACCACCUCCCCUGCAAACGUCCUGUGACGCAGAAGUUAUGGACGUUGGCUCUGGUGGUGAUGGACUUUCAGACACUCCCGCGGGGGAUUGUAACGCGCCCAGCCUGGACCAGCAUCAAGCGAUGGAAUCCACUGUCAUUAACGACCAAUUGACAGCAGUGUCGGGAAGCUGUCCACUGAAUCCAAGAACAGCGCGCCACGCACCGGCUGUUCCCAAGUUUGCCCCCGAUAUUAAUCUGCUCAAAGAUGUUAAAGUCAGAGUAGUUUUUUCGGAUAGCAGUAAAAGCAAAGACAGGCAGGUGGUGUAUGCUGGCGUUCAGUCUGCUGGGAAAGGUACUGAAACUAGCAACAGCAUGAAUGGAGGUUUGCAUGGCCCUCCUUUUGAAGGGAAGGGAGCAGUAGGGUCAUUGGGUUUCUGUAGUAGAAGUACUGAUAAGCAAGAAGUUGAAGACAAUCAAGAGAAAAAAGUGGAAUUUGCAGUGCUCGAUGAACUAGACUUCCCGGAAAACUUCGAAACAGAUGAAGUAGAAGGAGCAGGUUUCAAAUCUGAAAUGAUCAUUCAACAGGAUCCCGUCGAUGAAGAAGCUCUGAGUUACUCGUUUGAGGAUGAUUUUGAUAACGAUGUUGAUGCCCUCCUGGAGGCGGUGCUGCCUCCUCCCAAAAAGAGGAAGCGGGUUGAUGAGGAUGUCGCAGGUGACAGUGACCACCAGACUGAUGAAGAAACCAGCGUGCAGCCAAUGAUGACCAAAAUUAAAACUGUGUUAAAAAAUCGUGGGCGUCCACCGACUGAACCCCUUCCUGAUGGCUGGAUCAUGACAUUCCAUAAUUCCGGUAUUCCCGUUUACCUGCACAGAGAAACUAGAGUAGUUACCUGGUCACGACCUUAUUUUUUAGGAACGGGAAGCAUCAGGAAGCACGAUCCUCCCCAGAGCAGCAUUCCCUGUCUACACUAUUUAAAGAUGAGAGACCAAGAGCAAGAGCAGAAUAUGGCGGCCAGCAAUGGUGAGGUAACCAAAGUGACCAUGAAUGGAGAUUUGUCCCCAGACAAAGUUCAGAAUGCUGCUGUAGAAAUAAUUGAGGAAACAGACUGCACUGCCACUGAGCAAAACUCUGUCACUAAUUCAGUAUCUCUCAGUAGCUCAGGGGCAAUGAACUCUAAAUCCUUGGAAGAACGAGAAGCCUUGGGUGGAAUCAUUGCAGCAGGAGCCCUGGGGCAGGUGAAGGCUAAAGUAGAAGUAUGCAAAGAAGAAUCUAUUGUCAUUGAAGAUUUUAAAAAAUACUUGGAGAAGCGCUUUGAUUUUGAACAAGUCACUGUGAAGAAGUUCAGGACCUGGGCUGAGCGUCGGCAGUUUAACCGGGAGAUGAAGCGGAAGCAGGCAGAAGCCGAGCGACCAAUUCUGCCGGCUAAUCAGAAGCUCAUUACUCUCUCUGUUCAGGAUGCACCCACAAAGAAAGAGUUUGUCAUUAAUCCAAAUGGGAAAUCGGAAGUUUGUAUACUGCACGAAUAUAUGCAACGGGUCCUAAAAGUUCGCCCUGUUUACAAUUUUUUUGAAUGUGAAAAUCCAAGUGAUCCUUUUGGAGCCUCGGUUGUUAUCGAUGGAGUCACCUAUGGUACAGGAACUGCCAGUAGCAAAAAACUUGCAAAGAAUAAAGCUGCUCGUGCUACACUGGAAAUCCUCAUUCCUGACUUUAUCAAACAGACCACUGAUGAGAAGCCCAAAGACAGUGAUGAGCUUGAGUACUUCAACCACAUCAGUAUUGAGGACUCAAGGGUGUAUGAACUGACCAAUAAAGCUGGACUGUUGUCACCAUAUCAAAUUCUCCAUGAGUGCCUUAAGAGAAAUCAUGGAAUGGGCGACACAACCAUCAAGUUUGAGGUAAUUCCAGGUAAAAACCAGAAGAGCGAAUAUGUCAUGACCUGUGGAAAACACACAGUGAAAGGCUGGUGCAAAAACAAACGAGUUGGCAAGCAGUUGGCAUCUCAGAAAAUCCUACAAUUACUACACCCUCAUGUGAAGAACUGGGGAUCAUUACUACGCAUGUAUGGCAGGGAAAGCAAUAAAAUGGUCAAACAGGUAAACUUGGAGCUUUGCUGUGAAUGUAAUGUAUGGGAUACAAACCUCUCGACCCUGGCAUGGGGGGGGUGUGUAAUUUAAAAGAGUAACAAAAUA